GGACAGUAGAAUUUUGAUAAAAAAGAAAAAAGUCAGUAUUUGUCGGAAGAUUAGUCGUUUUUCUGGCAAAGCUGCUCUGUUCGUCGCGCAGAAUGGUAUUUGUUGGCGAACGCUGUUAUAAGAUUCAUCGAAUUAUGUUUAUGGCUAUGGGAUUAUGGCCGUAUCAGAGACCAUUUAUCUGGCGAAUACAAGCAGUUUUCUUCUCCAUUGCAUACUGUUGCGCUUUAUUUUGUCAGUUUACAGCGUUUCUAACGACAACGUGUAACACGGAUUGUAUUCUAAAAAGAUUUUCUUAUAUCUGCAUAGGUUGUGUUUAUGCUAUGAAUUACUAUUCUUUCUAUUUCAAUUCUGAAUCUAUAAAGCAAAUGUUGGAACAUAUACAGUUGGAUUGGAAAAUGUUUGAAAAUAGUGACGCAAUUAAAAUAUUUGAAGAAUAUCUCUUCGUAUCUUAUGUUUUCAUAAUAUUUGGGUGUAUAGUUGUUUGUAUAGGUGUAUUUGGAUUUGCGGCUAUUGAAUGUCGACCAGUCAUUCUUGAUGUUAUCAUACCGAUAAAUGAAUCCCGGCCGCGUAAAGUUGAAGUUGAUAUGGAAAUUUUUGUCGAUAAAGAGCAAUAUUUCUUUUUGUAUAUUAUGGAAGAGGUGGUAUCAUUAGGGAUUGGGUUGUUCUCGGUAAUUACGACUGGGACAUUCUUGGCUACGAUAGCAGAACACUGUUGUGCAACAUAUAAAAUUGCAAGUUGUUUAAUAGAAAGUACGGUGACCAUCCAUACGCUGGCAAUUCCUGUUGACCAAAAGAUACAAUUUAUGCAUCGGAGUAUUUGUCUUUCAGUUUACAUUCAUAGAAGAACUAUGGAGUUCGUCAAACGCAUGUUACUUGCAUUUGAUUUGUGGUAUUUUCCGUUAUUUUUAAUUGGUGUACUCUCUUUAAGUUGCCUUCUCUUUCGUCUAUACAAUGCUAUAAUAGAUACUAAUGAUUGGUAUGAUAUCUUGGUGUGCUGUGUGCUUGUGUAUGCUUAUUUAAUAUAUAUGUUUGUGGGAAAUUUUCUUGCACAAUCUUAUACUGAACACAGUGCAGAACUACUAGAAUCUACGUAUAAUUGUCUUUGGUAUAUAGCGCCAUUACCGAUCCAAAAAUUGUUCUUACUUAUUCAAAAAGCUACAAAAAGUCAUAAGGUAGUGAUGGGUGGUCUUUUUACCUUAUCCGUCGAAGGAUUUUCUACGGUAAAUGUUAAGAUUAGGAGCGACUUCAUCGAUUUAGGCCGAUUUGCCAAGAGUGUGAAUCAUGCUGUUCUGCUCACACCAAUAACUAUAGGGUGUGCAAGAAAGCAUGAUUAAAGCACGUGGUUCACGUCAUGUGGGAACUCGGCCUUAUUUUGUUAAUAACUUCUUAGUAAACAAGAAACGACGGCAGGAACUGUUCGCAAAUUAGUCAGAUGUUCUUGACAAUAUGUAUCAAGAUCAUUGAAAUCGCCAAAAAUAAUUGAAACGCUUAUAACUUCGGCUGUAUCAUAUUUUACUGUUAUACACGCUAUGUAUUUGUGAUCAUGCAAUGAUGACGAAAUAUCGAAGUAGAUGUAACUGUUGUGUGUAAGCUUAUUUGUCUACAAAUAAUUGUUCGUACAUACAAAGAUAAGUGAUAAAAAAUUUUCUGGGUAGCUAUCUGUGUUAUAUGUCAUAAAUAUGUGUUAUUUGUAUACAUCAUCUAUUUUGGCCACCAGAUAUAUUGUUAUAUUUGAUAGAAUAAAUAUUAUAUUAAUAUUCCUGCUUUAUGAAA